GAAACAUUAAUUUGUUUGAUGUUAACACAGGCCGGCCAUAAUAUUCUCAUAAAAAGUCCAUGUGGGUACCACGAAAGGUUCACAAAUCAAACCAAACACCUAAGAACAACUCUGCUGACAGCCUAGCUUCAUUAUUCAAAGUGUUCAUUUGAACCGUAUACUACUUAAAUCAUUAACUUAUUAACAUCUACCUGCAAAAAAAAUUAACUUAUUAAACAUCCAAAAAUGAUAAUUGCAUUGAUUAGUAAGUCCAUUAAUUGAAUAUCCUACAGACCUACAGCAAACCCUUUCGAACUACAUCCAUUGUAAGACCUCAAUUCCCCUAAAAAAAUGCAAGACUUCAAAGAUCCAAUUGAAUAAACAAGUGAGAGGCCGUUGAUACAUAUACCACCUGCACUGCACAGUUAUGCCUGACUGAUUCUUGUCUAGCUGUUGCUCUUUGAAGCGAUUGUGCUGGUCGGCUUGUUUCCUGUCAAAGUACAAUAAAGCUCCACCUGUCAUUUAUGUACAGCAACUCAAAAAAAAAUACAGAUAUAAGUUGCUCAUUCGGCAUGAUAUUUAAAAGGAAACCUGAUCUCAUCUGAACGUGCAUCCUACCAAUACCUCCUCACUUGACCCAAUGCAUUCCCUCCAAAAGAUCUAUGAAAGACUUCUUCGUUCAUUCAUGCAUUCUUUCUUUCUUCAAUCCCAAGAGCAGUUCCAUCCUCCCAUGAGAGGCGACCAAUAGUACUUGCUACAAGGCAGUGCUGCUGAUGCCAACAUUUGCAAUUUUGGCCGAAAGCAUGGUUGAGUGGAAGAGAGUACCGAUGUUCUUGAUCAUCUUCAUCCUUUCCAUCACUGGCGUAGCCACCACCAAUGCAAUUGCAUCAAAAACAGAUCGGUUUGUACCUCAAGACAACUACCUCCUCAGCUGCGGGGCAUCUGCUGCUGUGCCGCUUGAUGAUGGUAGGACAUUCCGCUCUGAUCCUGACUCGGUAUCAUUUCUGUCAACCCCGACAGACAUCAAGAUCGCUGCUAAAGCCUCCCUGGCUUCUGCUUCACCAUUAUCCCCACUCUACCUUACUGCAAGAGUAUUCUCUGACAUCUCAACUUAUAGCUUCUUCAUCUCCCAGCCUGGUCGCCAUUGGAUUCGCCUUUACUUCUCACCUAUCCCUGAGAGCCAAUACAACCUCACCACUGCAACAUUUUCCGUGUCCACUGAUAACAUGGUCCUUCUCCAUGAUUUCUCUUUCAUAGCCAGUCCUCCCACCCCUAUACUCAGGGAGUAUCUUGUGGCAGUACAGGGAGACAACUUGAAGAUUGUUUUUACCCCAAAGAAGAACUCAGUAGCAUUCGUCAAUGCUAUUGAGGUUGUCUCGGUUCCACCAAGCCUUAUUCCAAACACCACCACCAGAAUGGGUCCUCAGGACCAAUUUGACAUAUCCAACAAUGCGUUGCAGGUUAUCUACCGGCUGAACAUGGGUGGCGCACUGGUUACAUCGUUCAAUGACACACUAGGAAGAACCUGGUUGCCAGAUGCACCCUUUCUGAAGAUUGAGGCGGCAGCAGAGGCAGCUUGGGUUCCUCCUAGAACCAUUAAGUACCCCGAUGACAAGACAAUCACACCCCUCAUUGCUCCAGCAAACAUCUAUUCAACGGCACAGAAGAUGGCCUCGGCAAAUAUCACAGAUGCAAGAUUCAAUAUAACAUGGGAAAUGGCAGCGGACCCAGGAUUCAGGUACCUUAUCCGCCUACAUUUCAGUGACAUUAUCAGCAAGACACUCAAUAGCCUCUACUUCAAUGUAUACAUUAAUGGCAUGAUGGGUGUCUCAAACCUGGAUCUAUCAAGCCUGACAAUGGGGCUUGCAGUAGCCUACUACAAGGAUUUCAUUGCUGACUCCUCCAGCAUCAUCAAUUCCACCCUUGUAGUCCAGGUUGGCCCGAGCACAACUGACUCAGGUAAUCCCAAUGCCAUCCUUAACGGCCUUGAGAUCAUGAAGAUAAGCAAUGAAGCGAGCAGCUUGGAUGGCCUCUUUUCACCGAAAACAAGCUCACAAGUUAGUAAGAGGACUCUGACUGGCAUAGGGCUUGCUUUGGUAGUGACAGCUGCAUUGGCUGUAGUGAUAUGCUGCAGGCGAAGCCAUAGACCAGAAUGGCAGAAGACAAACAGCUUUCACUCUUGGUUUCUUCCUCUCAACUCUUCCCACUCAAGCUUCAUGAGCAGCUGCAGCAGGCUCUCCAGAAAUCGCUUUGGCUCAACAAGGACCAAGAGUGGAUUUUCGAGCAUAUUUGCAUCCAGUGCUUAUGGGUUGGGGCGCUAUUUCACCUUUGCUGAAAUUCAGAAAGCCACAAAAAACUUUGAAGAAAAGGGUGUUAUUGGCGUUGGAGGCUUCGGAAAAGUUUAUCUUGGUUCUAUUGAGGAUGGCACAAAGCUGGCUAUCAAACGAGGCAAUCCAUCAUCUGAUCAAGGUAUGAACGAGUUCCUGACUGAAAUUCAGAUGUUAUCAAAGCUUCGCCACCGCCACCUGGUUUCACUCAUUGGUUGCUGUGAUGAGAACAAUGAGAUGAUCUUGGUUUAUGAGUACAUGUCAAAUGGUCCACUGAGGGAUCAUCUGUAUGGUGACACAAACAUCAAGCCUCUCUCUUGGAAGCAGCGCCUAGAAGUGAGCAUUGGGGCAGCAAAGGGCCUGCAUUAUCUGCAUACAGGUGCAGCUCAGGGCAUAAUUCACCGUGAUGUCAAGACUACCAACAUCCUCCUCGACGAAAAUUUUGUGGCCAAGGUCGCUGAUUUUGGCCUAUCAAAAGCUGCUCCAUCCCUCGAACAAACUCAUGUCAGCACUGCUGUCAAAGGAAGCUUUGGGUAUCUUGAUCCAGAGUACUUCAGACGUCAACAGCUGACAGAGAAAUCUGACGUAUACUCUUUCGGGGUGGUACUCUUUGAAGUGCUGUGUGCAAGACCAGCCAUCAAUCCAGCACUUCCAAGAGAUCAGGUGAACCUGGCAGAGUGGGCCCGUUCAUGGCACCGAAAAGGGGAGCUUAAUAAAAUAAUUGAUCCCCAUAUUGCAGGACAAAUCAGGCCUGAUUCACUUGAGAUGUUUGCUGAGGCUGCCGAGAAAUGCCUUGCUGACUACGGAGUUGACCGUCCAUCAAUGGGAGACGUCUUAUGGAAACUUGAAUUUGCCUUGCAACUUCAAGAGAAGGGUGAUGUUGUUGAAGGCUCCAAUGAUGGGAUCCCAAUGAAGAGCUUAGAGAUGUCAAACGUCGAUAACAUGGAGAAAUCUGCUAAUGUUAUCCCAUCUUAUGUCCAAGGAAGAUGAAUAUAUUGUGGUGUCAUCACAGUCUGUAAAGGUAUUAAGGUAGUAGUGCAAUUUGCUGUCUGAUCCCAUGCAGACAUGUCUACCACAUUAAUAGAAGGAACUUUGCCUUGAUAUGGUACAGAAAGAAUUUGUGAUAGGCUCCUGACAGUAGAUUAUACCUUUUUUUACUUGAACAUCCAGUUAUUGUGUGUUAUGAUGAAGGAUUCAUAUUUUAUGCCACUAGAGAAUAUUGCCAGGCUAUUUGUAAGCUAAACCAGUGCCAUCAGAUUCUAUUAAUCAUGAUUGUUAUUUGACUCUUGGAGGUAAAGUAA